AUGCAUAUCUAUACACAUCUAGUCUUGUACGUCUGUCUGUCUAUCUAUCUGUCUAUCUGUCUGUCUAUCUAUCUAUCUGUCUGUCUGUCUGUCUGUCUGUCUAUCUAUCUAUCUAAUAAUUUUUCUGACUACACGGCGCGUAUAGUUCGCGCCACAUUGGACGUAAAUUCCGCAGAACGUGUAUGCGGGUGUCGUCUAGGUAGUAGUGUUUCUUACGCGACCUGCUUCACGGCUAACUCUUACUACCUCUGUCUUCUACAACCAAUGUCUUUUCCGCACCUUUUCGUCUCUUUCACUUCCAUUUAUUCAGUUUAUCUGUUCCGUCUUCAAACAUGUUCGUCUCCAGGGUUCUUCCUUAACGACCGUUUCCACAGACACACAUUUCUUUCUUUCUUUCUUUCUUUCUUUCUUUCUUUCUUUUAUUUCUUUCGAAAUGAUUUGAUUUUCUUGCCCAAAUCUUUCGUUAUUUCAGCUGAUUUCUUUCAAGCGCAUUUGGUCAUUAUUUUCCUUUGUUUCUUCCAGGCUCUCUCUCUCUCUCUCUCUCAUUGUCUUGGUCUCUUCAGAUCUAUCUAUCUAUCUAUCUAUCUAUCUAUCUAUCUAUCUAUCUAUCUAUCUAUCUAUCUAUCUAUCCCAGUUUGUUUCUUUCUAUCUAUCUAUCUAUCUAUCUAUCUAUCUAUCUAUCUAUCUAUCUAUCUAUCCCAGUUUGUUUCUAUCUAUCUAUCUAUCUAUCUAUCUAUCUAUCUAUCUAUCUAUCUAUCUAUCUAUCCAAGGCCGGUGCGUACUACCCACGACCCCCCACCCUUUAAGCAAGCCUGA